AUGCAGCGAGAGAUCGUGAAGACGAACUUUCAGUCACCAUGGGUGAAAGGGAGCCGAAUCGCCAACCUCAAGAGCAUGCUUAGCGAACUGCGCUUUUCUCGCGCUGGAUCGCGGCGAGCCGUCACAGUGUUGACGAAGAACAAUGCUGGUGCAAGUUCCGUCCUCACAUUGCUGUAUGCGGCAGACCUCUUAGAGUGCUUUGACGCGAUUUGGGCAUUGCCCUCGCAAGCCGAGUUCUCCGGGAUCUAUCGACACGGUGAGGAGUGGCUUCCGAUCACACUGUCUCUUCAGGACGUCGCACACAAAGCCGAUCUGUUGACCUUAGUGGCGCAGCGCCCAGCAGACUUCUUGCCACAAAUGCAGGAAAAGCCAGACGAGUGGACGAACCUGGCCGACCUCGUGCUCGAAGGCAUCGUCCUCGUGGACGAUCAGCGGGCAAACUUCCAGAGCCCGUCCGGUGAACAAGUGCUUCGAUUCUGCAAGGUGGCGCGCUACGAUGCAUUCUACAGAAAUCUCGGCUUCGUGAAGAAUAUGGGUGGCAUCGGUGCCCAUUGCAUCGAAGACUUUCGUACUUUGCAAAUGUUUGUGGAGGCCCCAUCCAUGUACAAGGAGACUUUCAAGCUUCACUGCGUGCAGCGGCGCUUUCCAGACUACGGAGUGCGACGGCCCGUGGAGGUUGUGCUCUUCGACUUUGAUGAAACACUGACACUGGCGACCUUUAUGCCUUCGCUGAGCUUCUUUUCACAUGUCGACUGGGACCCUGGCGAGCUAUCAGGGACGGACUGGAGUGCUGAGGAGCUGGUGCUCUACAGCUUCGAAUCACCGUUCUUGGAUGGCUGCAGACUGGCCCUGUUGAAGGCUAUGCUGCAGGACAUCGCUAAGCGACACAUUUUGGCCGUGCUUUCGAAAAAUGAGAGCGGUGCGGCCGCAGUCUUGAACCUGCUGAAACUGGCGGGUCUUGCAGAGUACUUCAGUGCCAUCUGGACUACGCCGUACCGGUCGCUCGUUCCUUGCGGCGUGUACCGAGCUUCUCCUGGGCAGUGGGAGGUGUUUGAGCCCCCGCUGAUGGACGUCCAGGACCACCAAACAGAGGUGCUGUACGACAUAGUGGACCACACCGACAAGUGGUUUCCUCAAAUUGGACUGAAGCAGGAUCGCUUUGUGCGGUUGCAACCGCUGUCCCCUGAAUCGGUCAUUCUCAUCGACGACGAGCGAGAAAAUCUUCAGAGCCCGCUUGGCAAGCAGGCGCUGCGCUACUGCAAAGUGGCCCGGUACGACGAGGUCUACAGAAAUUGUGGCCCGCUGAACCAGCUUGGAGGCAUCGGUGCGCACAGCGAGGAAGACUUCGAAACCCUGAAGGCCUUCAUCGCGGAGCCCUGGGCCUUCCAGGAGCCGAGCUUUGAAAAAGAGCAAGGUGAGGAGGGGGCUGUCGCUGAACGUCUCGAUGCUUCGCGAAUGUCAAGCAGAUCGGAGGAGCUCCGGAAGUUGCCUCGCUCCCGGCUGUCACGCUCAAAUUCUUCGCCCUCGUUGCGAGAUGCCCCGCGGCUGCCCGGAAUGUCCCGCAGCCAGAGCUUCUGCUCUUCGCCACGCCUGGACAUUGCUGACCCGGAUUGCCAUACGCCGGAAUUCAGUCUGACUGGCAUUGACUGA